GUGUCAAUUUGUUUGCAGUUUUUCAACAGUAUUUCUGUUAUGAAAUGAUGGGCAAAUAUACUCCCGGGGACCAAACCCAGAACCCCACCAACCACAGAUUUGCGAUCAUUGUAUCCGAGCCUUACAAGUGGCACGUGUCAACACACAGGCAAUUACAUACUACGCUAAUCAUGAAAAAAGUAGAGCUUGAACCAAUGUCAUGCAGCGCCCAGUUACAAGCAAUAAAAUGACAUUGUAAAACUAACAUGACGGAAUCAAAGUGGGAGACAAACACAAGUCUACUGCAGACUAAUACUGGUGACAUAAAGGGAUCAGGUAACAGCAGACACGAUGAAGAUCUCCAUGACACUCAACAACCAGACUGCUGUUCUCAACGAUGGAUCCUGGCAUUUAUGGCGGUUUGGUUAGGAUCCAUGUCCUUUAUGCUUAACUCCAGUAUGAACUUAGCGAUAGUUUGUAUGGUGAAAUCAAACACUGAUGACCUUUUGCACGAACCUGUCUUAAGCUAUGAAACAAGCUAUAACAAUUCAAUCAUAAAUGAAACACUUUUUAUUGAAAAAUCAGCUAACAAACUUUCCACGGAUUAUCCAACGAUGAAGAACAACAUGACAUUAAUUUCUUUCGAUUUGGCAGACUCCUGUGACACUUCGUCAAAGUCUAGAAACUUAUACUCUGAGCGUGCAGAGUUUUCCUGGAGUAAGACGACACAGUCUAUGGUAUUAUCCAGCUACUACUAUGACUACCUCAUAAUGCAGAUCCCGGGUGGCUGGUUGGCGGCAAGGUUUGGCGGGAAACAUGUGAUUGGCAUUAGUAUGACAUUGUCGUCUGCUUUAACAAUACUGAUACCCGUGUUGGCCAGAGCAAGUGUGCACUGUGUAGUUAUCGCGAGGGCAUUACUUGGAUUAUGUAUAGGAACAACUUCACCAAGUAUUUGCGGAUUAAUUGGAAGAUGGGCUCUGCCAACGGAAAGAAUCCGCUUUCUUGGAAUGUGCUGGUUCGGACAAAAUAUCGGAGCGGUAAUUGGGUACUCAACUUCAGGACUUCUCUGUGUUCAUGGAUUUGACAAUGGAUGGGCUUCUAUAUUCUAUAUUCAAGGAGUAAUAACAUUGCUAUUUGUUUGCUCAUGGUGGUAUGUAAUAUACAAUACGCCGCAAAAUCAUCCGAGGAUAUCAGCUGCGGAAAAACGUCUUAUAUUAAAAUAUGUACCACUGGACAUAAAAUCUAAAAGUAAUAAACAGAACAAUGACGUACCAUGGAAAAACAUAUUUAGUUAUUUACCCGUGUAUAUUGUGUAUAUUAUCCAUUUAUGUGACACCUGGACAUACUACCUCCUUCUUACGUGUCUACCAUUGUUUCUGAAAGAAGUGCUCAAGUUUGAUAUACUAAGUAAUGGGAUUUUUUCAUGCCUACCGUAUCUUAGUUUCAUGGCAGGAAUAGCUGUAGCUGGUGUGUGCGCUGACCUAAUUCGCUCUUGGACAAAAGUCUCUAUUACUACUAUUAGAAAGGUCUUUCAAAUCGCAGGUUUCCUUGGCAUUGCAGUAUUUAUUCUGAUACCCGGGUAUUUGACAUGCGAGUACAGAUAUGGAGUUAUAGCAUGUCUCUGUUUAUGCACCUUGUUUGAAGCUAUAGGUAUUACUGGGGGCCACAUUCCUAACAUUGUAGAUAUAGCACCAAGGUAUUCAUCUAUUAUAUUUGGUAUAUCAAACACCAUAGCGACCAUUCCUGGUAUAGUUGCUCCAAUCGUUGUAGGAGAAAUUACUAAAACUGGUACCAAUGAAGAGUGGAGGGUAACAUUUUUUAUAGCAGCAGGAGUCGCACUGUUUGCUGCCGUACUGUAUGGCAUUUUUGCUGAUAGUGAACUUGCUCCCUGGGCAAAGGGCAAAGAGGAUCAAAUUGAAAUAGAAGUACAAGUUUCAAAUGAAAUUGUUGCAAAUGAAACAGAUAUAAACUCAAGAAAAUGUGAUCUGUAACUAGUUACUAAACUAGAACAUUUAUUUGCUUCAGACAUAAUGAGAAAUAUCUAUAUAUUCAAUAUUGCCAUUUAAAAAGACUCAAAACGUUAUGGCAAGAAAAACAUGCUCAUCAAAUGAUUUAUUUAAUGUUUACUGGCUACAAUGAGCGAAGUAAUUUCCAAAUGGAUUUCAGGACAACCUUAAAAUGUUUGCAAUAUCAACUGUUUUAGCCCAUCAUCAGAUAGUGGGCUGUUCAAAUCACUCUGCGUCCGUGGUCCGUCGUCCUUCCGUCCGUUAACAAUUUCUCGUUAUCGCAUCUCCUCAGAAACUACCAGGGGGGUUUUGACCAAACUUUGUCAGAAUAAUGUACUGGUACCCUAGUUGUGUCCCCCUGAAAAUUAGACUGGUUCAACAAUUUUUGAGUGAGUUAUGGCCCUUUGUUUAUUUUUAUAAUUUACAUAGAUUUAUAUAGGGAAAAACUUUAAAAAUCUACUUGUUCAAAACAACAGAACCUAGCUUUGUUAUUUGUUAUGAAGCAUCAUCUAGUGGCCCUCUACCAAGAUUGUUCAGAUUAUUUUCCUGGGGUCAAGUAUGGCCCCGCCCUGGGGGUCACAUGGUUUAUAUAGACUUAUAUAGGGAAACAUUUCGAAAAACCUCUCGUCCAAAACCACAGGGCCUAGGGCUUUGGUAUUUUGUAAGUGACAUCAUCUAGUGGUCUUCUACUAAGAUUGUUCAAAUUAUCCCCCUAGGGUCACAUAUGGCCCCGCCCCGGGGGUCACAUGGUUUCUAUAGACUUACAUAGGGAAAAACUUUGAAAAUCUUCUUGUCCAAACCACAAAUCCUAGGGCUUUGAUAUUUGUAAUGUAGGAUCAUCUAGUGGUUCUCUAUCAAGUUUGUUCAAAUUAUCCCCCUAUGUCAAAUAUGGCCCCGCCUUGGGGGUCACAUGGUUCAUAUAGACUUAUAUAGGGAAAAGCUUUUAAAAUCUUCUUGUCAAUAUCCUACAACAUUCAAAUUUGGACCACAUGUAUGGUUUUGAGUGGCAAGAUGAACCUUGACAUGAGUUAACCUUGUUUUUGACCUAGUGACCUACUUUCACAUUUCUGUAGCUACAGCCUUCAAAUUUGGACCACAUGCAUAGUUUUGUGCACCGAAAAAAACUUUGACCUUGACAUUGACCUAGUGACCUACUUUCACAUUUUUGAAGGUACAGGCUUCAAAUUUGGACCACAUGCAUAGUUUCGUGUUCCGAAAUGAAACUUGACCUUGAUUUUGACCUAGUGACCUACUUUCACAUUUCUGUAGCUACAGCCUUCAAAUUUGAACCACCUGCAUAGUUUUGUGUACCGAAACAAACUUUGAUCUUGACAUUGACCUAGUGACCUACUUUCACAUUUUUGAAGGUACAGGCUUCAAAUUUGGACCACAUGCAUAGAUUUGUGCUCUGAAGUGAAAUUUGACCUUGACUUUGACCUUGAUCUUAAGUGUCCUACUUUCACAUUUCUCAAGCUUCAGCUUUCAAAUGUGGACCACAUGCAUGGACCACAUGCACAGUGUUGUGUACGGAAAUGAAAUUUGACCUUGAGCUAGUCAACAAGUCUUGAAAUUUGGAACACUCAAAAAUGGUAAGUUGGUGGGCGCCUAGAUCACUCUGUGAUCUCUUGUAUCUUAAUGCAGUACAGUACUUUGUUACCGCUGAAUUUUAUUUAUACAGGCUCAGUGAUAAAUUAUUCUGACCAAUGAGCAGACUCAAUUGAACCGUGUCUGCGAUUAUUUUGCUAUUUUGCUUCCAAAGAUCUGACAAAAAAGCAAUAUUCUGGCAGAUUUUAUUUGAUUUAACUUGAAUAUUUAAAGUUAUUUAGAAAGAAAAACAAAUAAAUAUCAUACUUUU